GGUCAACCGGCCAACAGCCACUAAUUCCUCUGGGCUUAUCGGGUCAUUUCCUAUAAUUUCCUCCAACAAACCCUACUCACUCAUCGAUUCAAUCUCUUUCAUCUUAUACGCAGACAGCAGUAGCAGAAUCUCUGUUUUUUAAUUUGAUAAGAAGAAUUUCCUAAAGAAAAUGGCGAUGAACAAUGGAUUGAGAUCGUGUGCUUCCAAGUUCCUCAGUUCCACUGAAUCAUUUCUCCCCAAAUCAGUGAAUACAGGGUUCCAUUCAACGGGUGUAAAGAAAAUGGGAGGGGGCCAUGGCCAUGACGAACCUUUUUACCUUCACGCAAAGCACAUGUACAACCUGGACAGGAUGAAACAUCAGCAACUGAAGAUGACUCUCGGCGUCCUUUCUGCAUUCACCAUUGGUGUUGCAGUUCCAGUUUACGCCGUCAUCUUUCAGCAAAAGAAGACUGCUUCAGCGUGACUUUUUAUCAUUAAAUUAUCUUUUCGUGCAAUAACAGAGGUUAAGCUGAAAUGCUUUGUGUUGACAAAAAUCUGGAAUCUAUUGUUUCAGAGAGUUGAUUAAUUUUAAAGUCACCACUUUGCUAUGUCAUGCUGUUUAGUUGCUCAGUUUCAUGUUGAAAAUAGUGGCUUGAAAAUAAUUGAUCAAUAAGGUAUUUAUUUAUUUUUAAAUUUUCCUUCAAUAAUACUGCUUAUUUUAUA